AUGGUGGUCGGACGGCGGCUGCUCCAGUUCCAGCUGCUCAUCGUCGGCGUCGUCGCUGCCUACGACAUUGACUGCAAGUGGAAGAGCAACAUCACAGGUGAGACUUUGUGAAAAUUUAAAGUAGGUCAAGUAGAUCCUCCGAUCCUUCUGCUUCCUCCCAGCUAAUCCUCUUCUCAAGGGGUUUGUUUUUCGUCUCACUACUCACUUUUCGCGUUACUUCCUGAAACAGUUGCCCUGGAUUUCAGCAGAGCGCACUUUCUGCCCUUUCUAAAACGGCGUUUUCGUGCCCGAUGCGGGUCGUCGGGCCGUCCGUUUUCCGCCGUAAUUGGCCAUAAUCCAUCGAUCCGUGUCUUUCUUCCUUUCAUCGGCCACUAACCUGGUUAUACCCAAUAACUUUUAGGACAUCAGAAUUGAAGUUAACUUUUGUGUGGAACACAGUGACCUACCUCCAUUUAUGUCACAAAAGCAUCCAUUUCACCGCGACGCCAAAACAAACAAAAACAAGAGCGCGGAGGUUGAUUUAUUGAACACCUGUUCGUUAUAUUUGACCUUCUCUUUGGGGCGAACAGUCAAUGACACUUUUAUGCAGACACACAAGAUUCGCUUUCAGACAUCGAAGAUGUCGCCCAUCACAAGUAUCAGGUUCUCGAGGAAUGCCUGUUCUACAAGUUGACCAGCGAGGCGGAUCGCAUGCAAGGUAAGCGCCGAGGGAAGACGAUCAAAAAGUGAAAGCAAAUCGACUGGAAGACGUUUUUUUGUACGGAUUAGGGAGAGAUGCGUGAAAGAGUGUUGUUCGGGCGUUUUCACAAACCAGAUCCGAAACUCAAAGAGAUUAUUUGCAGACAAGAGCAAUGCGCUGAUGAUGCUUCCACCGACCGUUGCAGCCGGUGAGACUCUGGAAGUCCAAGUUCUCGAUGGAUCCAUCAAUGAGAUGUGGAUGAAUGAGGUGUUCAAGGAGAUGAACAUCAACGGAUUCCUCAAAUUGGUAAACCUGCAACGUCAUUGUGCUUCUUUCUUCAAAAUCAAGGUUUCAGUCGUGGAAGGACCGUCGUCUUCGUUGGAAUCCGGAAGAAUGGAAGACAGAAACCCUUCGUCUCAAGUCUAUGGGACGUCUCUGGUCCCCAGAUAUCAAUUCGGACAAGUUCGUUUUCGAAAUAAUCAGGAGGCUUCAACUUUUUUCUCCUUCCAGACUCCAAACCGGUUCUCAGUCCACAGAUUUUGUCAACUUCCAUGAUAUUCAGUCGAAUUACAAUGGAAAUGUGACUGCUCGUCUCGAGUUCAGAAUGAAGGCCCAGUGCUCGAUUGACUACACCGAGUACCCGAAUGUCAGUUUUUUGCUUUCCUUCAUUUGAAUCAUCCAAACAACAUUGCAUUUCAGGACCGGAAACACUGCUGCUUCAAUCUCCAAUCUACCCUCUACAAGAGAUAUGUCAAGUUCAUAAUGGAGCACGGAGACGGGCACGAGAUGCUCGACACGAAGUCGAUCAGAACCAACUGGCACGUGGACCCAACUUGGACUUGGAUCAUGAAGUUGAACCAAGAGGAUGAUAACAGGUACUGUUACCAAACUGUGCAGUUUGUGUAUUGUUAUUUUUCCAGAGCCGAACGUCUCGAAGUGUGCGUCGGAGUCGUCCGCAAAUCGAGCACUCUGGCCGUUGAGCUCACUCUUCCCGUGCUCAUUUCCGCUCUCAUUCUGCUCAUUGCUCCGUUCUUCGGCAAGUUCAACCAGCAGAUCUACGUGAAGAUGUUCGCUCUGCUCCUGCAAUUCAUGAGCUUCCAAUUCCUUUCCGAGAAGACUCCUCAGCUCGGAUUCGGAGAUAAUAUUCCGAAGAUCUGUAAGUUUCUGCGCUUCUCAGAGCUUUGGAGCAUAUCCAAAUCGUUUUGCAGACAUCUUCUACGCGUUCACAAUCGGAAUGACGGUGCUCAGUCUGAUCGCGACCGUAAUGAUCUCAGCGAUGAGCAGAGUGAAGAGAAAGGUGCCGCCAGCGCACAGAUACACUCUGCUGGCCUCUCUGCUCAACGCGAACUUGUGCUGCGGAUCCGAAGAGGAGCCGACCACCGACGGAACUUCUUCCAAGGUAACGCAUCCCUGGAUUCCCUUGGUGAAUGUCUAAUUGAAGAUGUCUCAGGACGCGACCUCCGACUGGCUGCAAAUUCAUUCGGCACUCAACAACAUCUCCUCGAUCCUCCUCAUUUUCAUCUACAUCCUCGGUGCAAUCAUCAUUGCUUUCUAG